UUCCCUCCCUUCCUAUCUUCUUUCCCCCCUUCUUUCCUUCCCUCCUUUUUUCCUUCCCGCAACCUGGAGUCGGAGGAAUCCCUCUCUCUCCGGGAAGAAAAGGGCAACAGGUUCUUGGCUCCGUCCGUCCGUCCGCUUUGGAGGGAAGGCUCGGUUGAACGAAGGGAAGAAAGCAGCCUAGGCCUGGAUGUAGGGCAUCAUCCCCGCUCGGGAUCUGUGUGUUUUCUUUCUCCAGGAGAAAUCAAUGCCCGCCCCGCGAGGAGUCCCCAGAGCCCUUCGGAUCCCUCCUGGGAGCUAACCAGAGGACUAUAAAUCCCAUCUUCGGGGGCUGUACCCUUAAAGCCGAAGCCCAAGAGCCGGAUGGUCCCCGAGACCCCCUGGAAAUCUCUGCGACCCCUCGGAUUUCCUUGCGCGGCCUCCUGGGAAGACCCGACCCUCCUCCUCGGACUUAAACCAAACUAAGCCAAGGCGAGAAAGAAGGAGGCGCUUUUGGAGUGGCCGCUGCUGCGCUUGACCGCCAUCGCCAUCGCUGUCUCCGCUUUCCUCCUCGGGUUGGGCUCCUCCGCCGGGACCAUCUUCCCCGCUGUUAGCAUGAUGUCUUACCUCAAACAGCCCCCCUACGGCAUGAACGGGCUGGGGCUAGCCGGGCCGGCUAUGGACCUCCUCCACCCCUCGGUGGGAUACCCGGCCACCCCGCGGAAGCAGCGUCGGGAGCGGACCACCUUCACCCGCUCGCAGCUGGACGUGCUGGAGGCCCUCUUCGCCAAGACCCGCUACCCAGACAUCUUCAUGAGGGAAGAGGUGGCCCUCAAGAUCAACCUCCCGGAGUCCAGGGUCCAGGUCUGGUUCAAGAACCGUCGGGCCAAGUGCCGCCAGCAACAGCAGCAGCAGCAGAGCGGGAGCGGGAACAAGAGCCGCCCGGCCAAGAAGAAGGCCUCCCCGGCCAGGGAGAGCUCAGGCUCGGAGAGCAGUGGUCAGUUCACCCCUCCGGCCGUCUCCAGCUCGGCUUCCUCGUCCUCCUCUUCGUCCUCUUCGUCCUCCUCCUCCUCCUCCGCUUUGAACGGGACUCCUGCGGGCUCCAUCCCUUCCUCGACCUCCUUGAGCAUCAUCAGCACCACCAGCAGCACCAGUACCACCAGCAUCCCUUCCGCGGUGGGGGCCUCGUCCAUCUGGAGCCCGGCCUCCAUCUCCCCGGGGGCUGAGCCCUUGGCAUCCGGAGGGGCAUCCUGCAUGCAGCGCUCCUACUCGGCCAUGGCACCCUACGGGCAAAGCGGAGGGUACGGGCAAGGGUACCCUGCUCCUCCUCCUCCUCCUCCACCUCCUCCACCCCCUCCUCCCUCCUCGGCCUCUUCUUACUUCGGGGGCGUGGAGUGUGGGUCCUACUUGCCCAUGCAUGCCCACCACCCGCAGCUCAGCCCCAUGGCCGGUGCCCACCCUCAUGCCCACCCUCACCACCCCCACCACCACCCCUUGGGCCAGGGAUCCAGCCACCACCACCAUCACCACCACCACCACCACCACCAGCCCCCUCCCGGCUAUGGCCCUGCCACCCCCACGGCUCCCGCCCUCGCCUUCAACGCUGCCCCCGACUGCCUGGACUACAAGGAGAGCCCCCCGGUGCCCACCGCGGCCGCGGCCUCUGCCUCCUCCUGGAAGCUCAACUUCAACUCCCCGGACUGCCUCGACUACAAGGAGCAGGCCUCCUGGCGCUUCCAGGUCCUGUGAGGAGGGGAAAGACCCACACAUACACAGAUCCCCCCCAAUAUAAAUAUAUAUAUCUACAUACACCCCACCGAGCCCCCCAUCCCUCCUCUGCUCUCCUCCAGAGCCAGAGGGUUCAGCAGCACUGCUAUUUUUAAAGAAAAAGAGGAAGAAAGAAGAAGGAGGAGAAGGAGGAGAAGACAAGAGAGAGACCUCUCCCCAUCCAUCUAUAUCAGUAUCUAAGCAUGGGCUGCUGGGUCUGUUCCUUGGCGCUCUCUCGCUCUCUCUGGGAUUAUUAUGUUCUCCUGACACUUAUUUUUUUGGGAAGGACUGCAACUGGAGCUCCAUCUGGGACUGACCCACUGCCCCUUCUGCCCUCCAUCCAUCCAUCCAUUCAUCCAUCCAUCCAUCCCUGGGCUCCAGACCUGACCUGGUCCCUGGGAGGGUAAGAAGCACUCUUUCUUCCCCCCAUCUCCUCCAUCUCCUUCCCCUUCCUUCCUUUUGGCUUGCUGGCCCACAGCAGACUUUUUUGUGUAUAGCUCUUAUAACGCCCCCCCCAUCUCCCCUCCUUUCCUUCUCCUGCGCCCCCUUCCCUUUGGCUCGCCUUGCAGGGAUUGUGUCCAUAGAGAACCAUCGAGAGUUGGAAGGGAGACCCCCAAGGGCCAUCCAGUCCAACCCCCCAUCCUGCCAUGCAGGAACUCUCAAUCAAAGCACCCCUGGCAGGGAUAGUGGAUCUCUAGGGGGACCCCUUUGGCAUCCAGGGUUCAAACCGGGCACCGGGAGGGCGACAUUAGAGUCCAGCCUGCAUUUCCCGACUUUUCCUCUCCUCCUCCUCCUCCU